AUGUCCACUGGAAUUAUAAAGUCUAUUCAUUCGGACGUCGAUAUCCCACAAUGCAGCUUGUUCGACUUCCUACUACCACCUUCCACGGAUCACCUCCACAAGAUCGCCUUUGUUGAAGCAACAACCGGCAUUAAAUUGACAUAUGCACAGCUCAGAGCCAAGUCUUUAGAGCUGGCUUAUGGCUUGAGAAAAUUUCUCAACAUUGAAAGAAAAGACACUGUUUUGAUCAUCAGUCCAAACUCAAUCGCUUAUCCCGUUCUAUUGCUGGGCACAUCCGCCACCGGCGCUAAAGUCUCACUCGCUAAUCCCGCCUACAACCACUUGGAGCUAUCUCAUCAAAUAAAAGAUAGCAAUGUUUCCCUUGUUUUUGCUCAUCCCGAUAACAUCCCUCUCACCAAACAAAUACUCAGUGAGAUUGGCUGGUCCGAGACGAAAAUUAAUCAAAGACUAAUCUCUGCUACUGACUCAAAUUCAAGCGGAUGUUUAUCUUACUCCCAAUUAUUCAUCCCCGACCGUCAAUUUGGUAUACCUGAAAAAUUUGACGGCCAAAGCACUCACGAGACUGCUGUUAUGUGUUAUAGUAGUGGUACAACUGGCUUAUCUAAAGGCGUUAUGACUACGCACUACAACAUAAUUGCAAACUUACGACAAUUAGAUUCGAUGAGAACGUACGUUAUACAGAAAAACGACGUCUUGAUAUCUGUAUUGCCCUUUUAUCAUAUCUUCGGAUUGGUAGUCACCAUGUUUUAUUACAUGACACACGAAGCCAAAAGCGUUCUUUUGCCUCGUUUUGAUCCAGAUGUAUUCGGGGCUGCUGUUGAAAAGUACAAGGUUUCAGUCGGUUCAAUUGUACCACCAAUUUUGGUCUUGAUAGCCAACACAGAUAUUGACAAGCGGUACAAUCUUAGUAGCUUGAGAAUCUUACAAGUUGGUGCUGCUCCUGUUGGUGAAGAGCUUAUACAGAAGUUGUCUACUAAGUUCAACGAUGUAAUCACAGUCCCACAAGGAUAUGGUCUCACGGAAACCAGUCCUAUCACACAUAAGAUUCCAUUAGAAUACGCAAAGUCACAUAGCGGAUACAUUGGCAGGUUGAUUCCCAAUACCAGCGCAAGAAUAGUAGACGAAAAUGGGAUGGAUGUACCAGGUGACAACAAGGCAAGUGGGGAGCUUUGGGUGAAAGGUCCUCAAGUGAUGAAAGGUUAUUUAAACAGACCGGAGGCUACUGCUGAAUGUAUGACAGCUGAUGACUUCUUCAAAACCGGUGAUGUUGCUAUCUUUGACAAAAAAACUCAGCUAUUUAAGAUUGUGGAUAGAUUGAAGGAACUUAUCAAGUAUAAGGGCUUCCAAGUUCCACCUGCUGCACUUGAAUCUCUGCUUCUAUCAAACCCGGAAGUGAAAGACGUGGCUGUCAUUGGCGUUUAUGAUGACAAACAGGCUACUGAACUACCAAGAGCGUAUGUAGUACCUCAGAAAGAUUCCAAUGUCAAUAAUCAUAAGUGGUGCAAAGAAGUAGAAGAUUGGGUGGCUAGUAAGGUCGCAAAUCACUCUAAACUCCGAGGCGGCGUGAAAACCAUCGAUGCUAUUCCCAAAUCACCAUCUGGGAAGAUUCUUAGACGUCAUCUGCGUACUCUGGCUGCACAACAAGACAAAGCACCUGCUAAACUUUAG